AAAAAAAAAAAAAAAAAAAAAAAGAUACAUUCAUACACACAUAUAUUACAUACCCUUUUUUUUUCAUAUAAAAUAAAAGGACAUAAUGACUAGUUAUAUUAAAUUUACACCCAUUUCAGGUGCAAAAAACGAAGAUCCUUUAUGCUUUUUAUUGGAAAUUGAUGAAAUCAAGAUUUUACUUGAUUGUGGUUGGUCUGAUACUUUCAAUGUGGAUGAUCUUUCCAAUUUAAAAAAAGUAGCAAAACAUAUCGAUGUUGUUCUUCUCUCACACAGUGAUCUUCCUCAUCUCGGUGCUUAUCCAUAUGCACGAAGUCAUCUCGGCAUGACUUGUCCAGUUUAUUCGACUAUUCCUGUUGUAAACAUGGGUAAAAUGUGCAUGUACGAUAAUUAUCAAUCAAAAACAAACGAAAUAGAAUUCAAGACAUUUAGCUUGGAAGAUGUUGAUAAUUCAUUUGAUAAAAUUACACCACUUCGUUAUUCACAACCAUUUUCCUUAUCAGGUAAAUGUCAAGGAAUUACCAUUACAGCUUAUGCUGCAGCUCAUACUAUUGGUGGUACUAUUUGGAAAAUCAAACAAGAUACAGAAGAAGUUGUAUAUGCCGUUGAUUUUAACCACAGAAAAGAACAACAUUUAGAUGGCACAGUUUUACAUUCAGGAGGUGUUGUGUUAGAUUCACUUACACGUCCAUCAUUACUUAUUACAGAUUCAUAUAAUUCAAAGGUUGUACACCCUGCUCGCAAAGAUAGAUAUACUGCCAUGUUUGAAACAAUGACCAAAUCUUUAAAAGCAGGAGGGUCGGUGUUAUUACCGACAGAUUCUUCAGCUCGUGUUUUAGAAUUGUCAUAUCUUUUAGAUCAAUAUUGGACACAAAAUCAACUUAGCUAUCCCCUUAUUAUGUUAUCAAAUACAAGUUAUCAUACAGCUCAUUUUGCGAAAAUUAUGCUUGAAUGGAUGGGAGAAGAGCUAACGAAAAACUUCUCUCAAUCUCGUGAAAAUCCUUACGAAUUUAAAUAUUUACGACUCUGUCAUAAACUUGAAGAUUUGGAUAAUUAUUCAGGACCCAAAGUUGUGAUUGCUAGUAAUUAUAGUUUAGAGACAGGCUUUGCUCGGGAAUUGUUUAUUCGUUGGAUGACAAUGCCUAGUGAUCAACAUAAUAUAAACAACACACUUAUUUUAACAGAUCGAGCUGGUCCCGGAUCUUUAGCGCGUCGUCUUUAUGAUGAUUGGAAUAAGCAAACGGAUGCAAUGGACAUAGAUACUGUUACAGCUCAUAAUAGAACAAAAUUACCUGUAAAACCUGUUAUUAAUUAUGAAUCCACCAUGGAUUUAACUAUUUAUAAACGGGUACCUUUAGAAGGAGCUGAAUUACAAGAAUUUGAAGCAGCACAAAGAGCUAAAGCUGAAAGAGAGGCAGCACAAGCAGCUAUACUGGCUAGAAGUAAAACGAUUAUGGAAGAGGAUGAAAGUGAUUCAUCUGAUAUUGAUGAUAAUGAUGAAAAUAUGGAUAGCUUAUUAAUGAAGCAAUUUGAUUUAUAUGUUCGUGAUACUGGAAAAUCUGGAGGCUUUUUCAAACAAUCUCAAAGUUAUCAUAUGUUCCCUUAUUUGGAAAAACGUAAAAAGUUUGACGAUUAUGGUGAAGCUAUUCAAAUAGAGCAUUAUAUGAAGGCAUCUGAUUUUGAAAGAAUAGAGCAAGAAAAAAAGAGUUUAGGAGAAGGUGCCAAUUUUGGAAAGGAAGAUGAAUUAAUGCCAGAUAUUGAAGAGCCACUAUUACCGGGAAGAGAUGAAAGUCCUACCAAAUAUACCUCAAAUAAUGAAAAACUAUCAGUUCAGUGUCUUUUAAGAUAUGUCGAUUUAGAAGGUCUUUCAGAUGGUCGAUCAAUAAAAACAAUUUUACCUCAAAUCGCACCAAGAAAAUUGAUUAUCGUUCAUGGUUCAGAAUCAUCUACUGAGGAACUUGCUAAUGCUUGUCAGUCCAUCGAUAAUUUUACUAAAGAAAUCUUUACACCCUCUGUGGGUGAAGUGCUUAAUGUUUCAGCUGCUACAAAUAUUUAUAGAGUUAAAUUAACCGACAGCAUGGUUAGUUCCUUACAAUUCUCAAAAUUGGAUGAUUAUGAAUUAGCUCGUGUAGUAGGGCGUAUUCACUUUCCAGAUGAUUCAACUACACCUUCAUUAGACAUAGCCACACAUGAUCAACGUAUAAAGUGGGAUCCUUCAGUCUUUGUAGGUGAUGUACGUUUAUCAGAAUUUAGAAAAGUGUUACAAGCAGAAGGCAUUCAAGCUGAAUUUAAGGGAGAAGGUAUUUUAGUUUGCAACGAUCAUGUUGCAGUUCGAAAGGUAAGCUGUAUAUAUAUAUAUAUAUAAAUAUAUAUGUAUGUGUAUGUCUGUAUAAAUUUUCUAACUAAUUUUUAUAUAAUAUUAGACUGGUACUGGACAAUUAUUG